UAGAAAUACACACUUUGACAGCAAGGCAAAGUUUCUGAGGCACCCAGGAGUGGAUGAGAUCUGCCUUGAUAAAUGCAAUCUAGGACAGAUGGACCGGGACAAUCAAACCACAGUGAGUGAGUUCAUCCUGCUGGGACUGACAGAUCAUCCACAGCUGCAGGUCCUCCUUUUUGUGUUGUUCUUUGUGAUCUAUGUCACCACCCUUUUAGGGAAUUUUGGAAUGAUCACAGUGAUCAAAGUCAAUCCCCAACUUCACACCCCCAUGUAUUUUUUCCUUAGUAAUUUGUUUGUUCUAGACCUCUUCUAUUCUUCAGUCUCUGCUCCCAGGUUGCUGGUUGACUUCUUAAUGGAAAGCAAAACCAUUUCUUAUAGUGCAUGUAUCACUCAAUUUUACUUUUUUGCUCUUUUAGUAACCACAGAAGCACUUCUGCUGGCCGUGAUGGCAUAUGACCGUUAUGUAGCCAUCUGUAACCCACUACUCUAUACUGUUACUAUGCCCAGAAGAAUCUGUAUACAGCUGGUUGCUGGAUCCUACAUUGGAGGGCUCACAAACUCACUGGUACACACUUGUGGAUUACUGGGACUGCCAUUCUGUGGGCCUAAUGUCAUCAAGCAUUUCUUCUGUGAUCUUCCUCCCUUGCUAGAGCUUGCCUGCUCUGACACACACAACAAUGAAACUCUGCUCUUAAUCUUCUCUGGAAUUAUAGCUGCCUUCUCCCUCUCAAUGAUUUUCAUCUCCUAUCUAUACGUCCUGUCUGCCAUCCUAAGGACUCACUCGGCUGAGGGUAGGUGUAAAGCUUUCUCUACUUGUACCUCCCACCUAACAGCAGUCACUGUGUUCUAUGGGUCUGUUACUUUUAGUUAUAUCCAACCCAGUUCCAGCUACUCACUGGAGCAGGAGAAAGUCUCUUCUGUGUUUUAUUCCCUUGUGGUCCCUAUGCUGAAACCUAUAAUCUACAGCCUGAGGAACAAAGAGGUGAAGGAUACCCUAAGAAGGUUAAUAGCUAGGAAAAACUUUCUCAGAUAAUUGGAUUAUGAGGCUGCAUCUGAGUGGAUGCCAAGACUAGCUAUAAGAGGAGAACAUAGAGUAUGUGUAGCUGUGCAGAAUGUUAUGCUUUGCAAUUGUUUCCUAGCAAUUAACACAUUUUAAUAGUGAAAGUUUCAGUUGCUUCUUAAAACCUGUGAUGUUACAGUGUAACAAGACCUCUCUAUCAUGUUCCAUGGGGUUGCUUCAGGCUUGGUUGAAAAAAGGUAUCAUCUAUUUUUUUUCUCAUCCCUUGGCAUGUAUACAUAUAUU